AUGCGGUACUCUUGCGUCCUCCUCCUCCUGGCCCUCUUCGGCUGUGUCCUGGUCAGACAGACCAGUGGCACCGGCACGACAACCACCACCGCGGCGGCUGCCACAGCCACCACAACCGCGGCGACUGCCACAACCACCACCACCUCUGCAUCCGCCACCACGACUGCCGCCACCGCCGACACCACAACUACCGCCGCCACAAGCUCAGCAGCCACAACUGCCGCACCUUCUUCAUCAUCUGGGGGCAAGACCAAGGUCAAGCGCCACUGGAAGAGGAAGGUGCACAAGGGCAAGAAGAGGUCCAUCCGCCGCAGGAACAGGAACAGGAACAAGAAGGACAACAAGAGUGGCUAG